AUGCGUGACUUCCAUCGACUCCUGCUCCUCGGCCCUCCCACGCAGCUUCUGCGCUGGAGUACUGCUGGAGUCAACACAAUAUACACGGACGGUCGUAAUGUCCGCACCUUUGGGUUCCGUCAGUGGUUCUCCCAAAAUCUCGACCGAGACUUCCGGUGGAAUCACAAGGCUCCUUGGAUGUUGAGCGCCGCGACUACAUCUUCGAGGGACAUCGGAAAGCUCGAGAGAAACGGUAGGCGGAAUGACGUUGCUGGCAGCGCGAUGUUGGGCGAGACGUUCCCUGAAUUGCUCAGUCUGAUCACACACUCGGAAAGCUCCGUUCGUAGGGCCGAUCCUAAAGCUCGUUCUCCGACACAUUACCGAUAA